UUUGGCUCAAGCCGGCGGUGGAUGCCCCCUCGCCUUCUCCUGCCUUUCGCAAUGGAGGCGGCGGGCAGGCGGCAUCACCAGUCAGCAUCGUGAUCUUCCUGUUCGCGCUCCCUUGGGCGUUGCGCCGGACCGCCACCUGCAGGGGGUGAGCGGUCCUAGCACAUCGUCCCAUAGGCAGGCGGGCGAUGGCUCCUCUACGGUGCUCUCGUCCGCGGGUGCGGGGGCCUCGGGGCCGAGAGGGAACCCUCUCCCUUGGUUAGGGGGGACUGGGGCAAGGUUGGGUCAAGGUUCGUCAUCUGGAUCCUCCUCCUUCCCUGUCCCUGGGUUAGUGCGGCCUGAGGGGCCCGCUAUCUUAGCACCCCUCCCAGUCGUGGCCAAUGGCGAAGGGCCCCUGGGCUGGUGUGGAGCUUCCCUCCCUGUCCCGGAGGAACUGGUCAGGCUUUGGAUCGCUACCUCACUAGACUUAUCAGGGUACUUCGACACGGCGGACGAGGUGCGGGGCUCCUUUAGGGGCCUCGUGCCGGCAUGCCUCGAGGAGGCGGUUACUGCUUCGCAGGUAGCCAAGCGCACCUCCAGGGUUCACGUGAGCAGCCUAGCUCGGCAAAUCGUUGAUCGCCCGUGCCUAGGAUCUUCUCACGCUGCUAUGCCCUCGGCGCCGUCUUCCUCUUGGAGUGCGGCGCCUGCUACCCUAAGUAUGUCGUCGACGCCUCCUUGUGCGGCCAGGGUUGCGAGGACGAUCCGGAUGCCCAAGCAGCAGGUGGUCACGCCGAUCUCGCCUGCCCAGGAGCAGGAGGAUCGUGCCAAGUCUCGCCUGCUCUCAGAAAUCUCCGACCUCUACUUCGACAUGGGCCCGGCCGGCCUGCACUGGGACCCAGUCGCCAACGACGAGGUCGAAUCGCAGCGGGCGCUCCUCAUGAGGGGCCCCAAGCGCCUGACGGCGGCCCGUCUGGCCGCCAUCACUCGGGAAUGGCGGCACCGGGAGAAGUGGAGGAGUUCGCGAUCAUCGAUUUCGAAACGGUCCCCAUCGUCAGUUCAAUGGGGCAUCUUCCUCCAGCACGUGGCGGGCAAGGCGCCAACGGUUGCUCCAGCGCGCCUUAGUGCCUUCAGGUGGUUGCGCGCGCACCUGGGGGUCCCAUUCCCAGUCGAUGCGCCGUGUGUCAGUAGCUUUCUGCAUCCUCCAGACACGCACGUCGCGGAGCAGCGCCUGCCUUUAGCCCGGCCGACAUCUGGAACAUGGUGGCGUUGAUCCUCGAGCACGGUGCGGAGCGCACGCAUGAGCUGCAAUUGGUGCUCUUCGCCUGCCUCGCAUGCAUCCGCUUCGCCCACCUUCAGAGGUCCACGUUCACCGGAUGUCGGGAAGAUUUCAUCUUUGCCCGAUGCGCUCGGGGCAAGACUCGGCGGCAGGGAGUGCGUCUCUCUUACGCGUGGGCUGUGCCUCGGCCGAGCUUCUUUGGAAUCCACGCCUUCGGCUUCCUGGUAGAGCUCCACGCGAAACUUGGCAAGCCGUCGUUCCUCUUGCCUGCCCGCCACGAGCAGACGAGAUUCAAGAGGAUUCGGCGUUGGCAGUCGUCUCCUAUGUCACCUAACCAGGUCGUGGAGAUCAUGCGAAAGGUCGCCAAGGACGUGGGCAAAGCACCAGCCCAGGUGGCCAAGGUCACCUUCAAUUCUGCCAGGCGCUUCCUGCCAACAGCCGCUAAUGUCCUCGGCUUCGACGCCCACAUGGCGCAAGCGGUGGGCAGUUGGAUGGAGCUUCCGCACGGUCAGGGCUCCGCGGGCCAAGCCAUGCAAUUGAUGUCCACACACUACUCCGACGAGAAGGCUUUGGCAUCAGGGCAAGCCAAAUUACGAGUCCUCGAGGCCUUCGUCGAGGCAUGUCGUCACCAUGAGGCUGUUGCCUGCAUCUUAUCCGGGCGGCCCGCAAGGCUCAGCCCAGCUUCGUUGACGUGGGAAGACGUCGCAUUUCUGCACCAUCGACGUCCUCGUGGCCGUAGUCCCCCUGACGGGGUGCCCUGUCAGGAAAAGUCCACGAAGCACCGGGAGAGCAAGAAGCACAAGAAGGACAGGAAGGACGAGAGGAUUGAGGAGGUGAAGGAGCGUAAGAAGGACAUGGAGGACGAGAAGACCAGGAAGGACAAGCGGAAGACCAGCGGGGAGAAACGCAGGAAGGGCAACGUCUAGCACGCCCCGCGUCUGACUUACACGCUGGGUGUCUCCUGCUGAUCUUCGGAUCAGCAGUAGCCCCGUCUCUCUUGGCCAUGCGUUCGGCGACUCCUUCGCUGGAACGCCGCACGUCUGGUCAUGGUGUGCAUGCGAGGGUGAGUUCCAUGUGAUCCACCUGGCGUUUGCACUGCCCCCCGAGUGGGGGGCCCUUUGCCGAUGAUCAUUCUGAGCAGCCAUGGGGGGAUGCGCAUGCGCACAUGUCUCUGCUCAGCCUGGUCGCCCCUCCCGCGGGCCAUCACUUCUAGCUCGUGUGUGUGUGUGUG